AUGCCCUGCAGUAUUUCUAAAGAGAUUUUUGGCCAGUACGACAAACUGAUAUUUUCCAUGCAGGAAAAAAUCACGCUGCUGUACAGAAAAUGGAUAUCAUCCACUGGGGAAGAUAUUUCAUCAAGACUUAAUAGAUCUUUGAUGUGUAGAAGCCAUACCAAGCCCGGCUUAAUUGAAUGUAACAUAGACAGGUCAUUACUGAAAAUCUUCAAGGAAACAAAGUAUUUCAACGAAGGUUUAGAUUUCGAGAUACCCUUUCACGUCAAGGCAGUGUACUCAAAAGCUGAAACAAUACAAUCUGUGUACGAAAGUGUUUUAUCGGUUGUUUUAAACUAUAACCAAGUUAUUUCUUCAUUGUCAGACGAUGAGAGAUUGUUGUUUAAACCUUUAAUUAACAAUGUUGAGCGUAAAAUAGCCCCAGGUUUGUCAAAACUGACUUGGUCCACUGAUGUUGUUGACGAGUAUAUUGCUGAAUGUUCCCAACAUACCGCAGAACUUCAAGACUUUGUGGAUGACUAUAAGAGUUGCAAUUUAAAAAUCAUUGGAAUUUGCGAAAAGAUUUGCGAUACUCUCCUCAUUAACAUCACUCCAAACUAUAACUUCGAACUUGAAGAGUUGGUGGAUUUUAUGAAGACGUUUAUGACUGAUCAACUUGCAUUGUUAACGAAAAUGUUCCAGGAGAUAAUACAAUUUUUGAUUGUGGUUUUUGAAGGUUUCGAAUAUAACAUUCAACAAAUGGCUGAUCAAUGGAUAAAAUACAUAAACAACUUUGACAUUCUUUUCCAAGAAGCUUUAAAAAUGUGCUGCAAAAAUUCCCUGACGAAUAUUUACGAAAUUUUCCAUGGCGACGAUAACUUGGGUCCUACGCCAAUCCUCAAGUUGUAUCUAUCAUUAAAUGAAAAUAAGAUAAGUUUUGAACCGCCAAUAAGUAAAGUGGCUCAUGUAAUUGCCAAUGUCCAUCACACAAUGGUGCAAGGUUUAAAAGAUAUUCCCAGACUUAAUGAUAAGUUUCACGUGGCCUUAAUUGACACACCAUCGUUUUCCACUGUAAUUGAAAUGGAUGUGGAUUGUUGCGAGCUACAAAAUAAACUCAAUGAAGAGGUGAUGAAAAACAUCAACGCCAUCCGAGAGUACUUGCAACUCUGGGAACCGUUCAAAAACCUUUGGGAAGUUGAUAAGGAUAAAUUUAUGACCAGAUACGCUUCACAACGCCCUACGGCUACUUUAUUUGAUUCGAAUUUGCAACGAUACACCGAAGUGGCGAAUAGCGUUCAAAUACAAGAAUCAGUGGCAGCAGUCCAUGCGGUUUUAAUCAACUGCGAUGAUUUAAAAAAGUCUAUAAUGGAACAUAUCGAUGAAUGGCAAAACAGGAAUGCUCAGCUUUUAAUUCAGAUGACAAAUGACUCCUUACAACAUAUUUAUAACUAUGUAACAACCAACUCUGAACAGAUUAUGAAGAAACCAACAAACUUGCAAGAGAUGCAAGACGCAAUAAGAUUGUACGAUAAGCUUAAAAAUGAAAUACCAAUUUUAGAAGAAAUGUUCCCUACAAUCAAAGAGAAAAUAGAUGUUUUAGAUAAAUAUUUAAUACCAGUAUCGGACGAGAUAAGGGCUGGUCCAACCAGAAUUUCUUUAGUAUGGGCUGAGUAUUUGGAAGUUUUGAGUCAAGCAGAAAAAAUGCUGAAUUAUUCCAAGGAUAAUUUCAAAAAAAUUCUCUUGGAGCAAACCGAAGUGCUUCGCCAGGAAGAUGCCGCAAUGUUGCAAGAUUUUUUGGCCCAUGGACCUUUUUCAUCGGAAUGGACUCCAAAACAAGCAUUGGGGUACAUUGCUGACCUUAAAGAACAGUUGCGCAUAAUGAAAGAAAAGGAAGCCGAAUUGAGGGCCAAUUUGGCCGUUUUCGGGCUCAGCUUGCCCGAAAAUGAAGAAUUGAAAAAGCUUGAAAAUGAGCUCAUGGCACUGGAAGUAGUUUGGCAAUUGGCCGAUGAAUGGGACACUGCGUGGGAUAAGUACAAAUCUGGAGAAUUUUGGGAGAUUGAAACCGAAGAAAUGGAAGAAACUGCACAAGGGUUAUACAGAAAACUUACCAAACUUUCUGGACAGCUAAAAGAAAAGAAUUGGACCAUUGUUGAGGAUACAAGAGCACGCGUGGACGCUUUUAGAAGAACGUUACCUCUAAUUGGCGACUUGAAAAACCCGGCGAUGAGAUCUCGUCAUUGGGAUAAAGUUCGAGAGGCAGUGGGCAUAGAUUUUGACGAAACAUCCAAGGAAUUCAAUUUGGAAGCUAUUUAUUCCAUGCAAAUGCACUUGUACUCUGAGGAGAUUGCCGACGUUUCGAAUGCGGCUACGAUGGAGCUUCAAAUCGAGAAGGGCUUAAAGGCCAUUGGCGAUUUUUGGAGAACGAUGUUGUUGGAAAUGGUGCCAUAUAAAGAUAUGGGAAUCUAUAGGUAA